UCUGCUUUUACAAUCUCGUCGAUACCGACGCCAUCUCGGCUAAAGGCACUUCAGUUGUUAUUUUAACAACUACACAAAUUAAACUAGCUAAAGAAUACAUCCAAAGGCAUCUAACCGACUAUAUUACGUCAAAUUAACGACGUCAUUUCUAAUACUCAGAUAAAAGAGAGUAUUAUCCACCAGCGAAGAAGAAGCUACAUUAGCUAACUGCUAGCUUGUGACGUUGUUAGCUAAACGAACUUCGCCGCGCAGGAAUUUCACAGCCUGUUUAUGUUUUCGUCGGUUCGCAGACAUGUUGGACGGAUCCUCAGCUCACGUCGAUGAUUCUAACAUCGGCAACGUCGAAAACAACAACCCGAUAUCGCUGAUUUCCGGCGAUGGGGUGAACAAAACGAGGCAGGCGCUGCUGAAGAAAGGAGGGAGGAAGCUGCGGUCGACGGCGCCGCUGCAUCACCCGAAGCCUCCGAGAAACAGCCCCAACAUCCGGCUUUCUGAUCACAACAACAACAGCAACACCCUGGCAGCUCCGUGCGCUCAUAAACCGGCAGCUCAGCCCGGUACCGAGCUCUCUGCAGGUACACAGACGGUACUGAACCUCCAUCAUCUCAAACAGGGAGCCAAGAAAGAGCUGCUGAAAUCCAAAGGAGGCAGACUGGAACGAGGGACCAUGCAGCCAGGUAGCCAGCCAGCCCGCAGCCUGCCUAAACACGAUCAAAUCACUCAGAAUGGGAUCGCACGGAGCCACAAGCCCAAGCAGGCCCAAAGCCCCGGCACUCCUCAUCCAACAAAGAAGAAAGACAACCUCACCCCGAAUAAAUCCUCCCCCCUUCACCCGUCUCCACUCCGAGAGCAGAAAAAGCCACUCCAUGCCUCCAACAACGUGAAAAUCGUGAGUGAACCACCUGCUGAAGCUUCACCAGAAUCCCUUAAAGAUGGCGAGAAAGUUUACGCUGGACCUAAAUUCAGCGAGCCGCCAUCACCGAGUGUCUUACCCAAACCACCCAGCCACUGGGUCGGAGAAAACGAGCCUCAACAGAGCAACCAAAGCAGGGAGCAAAUGACCGUUCACUUAAAGUCGCUGCUGAAGGUUCAGGAUCAAUCAUGACCGAAGUCUGAAGAUUCAAGUAUGAUCCAUCUUUAACCCCUAAAUAACACUGAAUGCAUUGGAUGAUAAGCAUCAGGUAAAUUGAGAUUGGCUUUUAACACACUGCAGUAUAGUAUUGAAAGCUUUUAAUAACAGUAAUGCAAUUUCCCAUUAUUCAACCAUGCUGCCUGGAUUUGUGAACAUUUUUGAGCCGUCGUGUUUGUGCUGGAGAUCUGACUGAAUGUGCCUGCCUUCGUGUUGGCAGAGUUUUAAAGAAAAGAUGUCAAUACGUGAGCAAACAAUGUUUUUUUUUCUACAAGAUGUGAGUAGAGAGAAAGUGUUGGAGCAGGGGAUCAAAGUCAUCUCCAGCAGCAACACGAUCAGAGUCUCACGUUUACAGUUUGAAAAGAGAUUAAGGCACUUUCUUUGUAAGUGCUUCUGAAAAGGCAGCCUUGUGUUGAUGGACUUUUUAAAGAAAAGCUAGUUUAAAUGUACAUAAUAUAUUGUAAGCAUAUAUUUGUGUAUAUUUUUCCUUGUUGUUUUAACUGAGAUUCUAGUUUUGUUACUGAUGUUUUCCAAGAAAAGAAAAACAGACAAAAAGUCCCCUGCGAACUGAGGCACUUUGUUAAAGCUCCUUUAGUGGAUGGAAGAAAAGAAAGACUUUUCUCUUUGAUUUGCACUGAAAACUUUCAACAGGGAAGGGCAGGAAACCUCAUUUUGAUGCUCCAAAGCUUGACCAGCCACUUUGAUGUAUUCACCAGCCAGCACAGGAGAGGACUGGACAGGAUCAUGGCUGGUUUUCCUUUCAAAAUGGCUCAGAGUGGACAAAUCAAAAGCCAGUGGCUGAAGUUUUUUCCCUCCCUGAUAACGGGUCCAGCCAGUGGAAAUCGGAGAGUUGAAUCACAAGACUGUGAGGUGGGUUAAGCCUCGUGAACGGAAGAGAAGAUGACAAUGUGAAAAGUCUCAUAGCCAGCUGCUGCAGGAGGCUACAUCCAGCAUCCAGACCCAGUGCUUUUUUUCUUCUUGAACUUUAUUGCACUGAUGUAGAGUACGUUCACAUUGAGCCAGCUACGUUUAAAAUGGCCUUGUUCAUUUUUGCCUCCUGUCCACAUUGGGCCUUGGUUUUCACGCUUCAAAACACAGCAUUUCCACCUGUAAGGAACCUGAAUUUUAAAUUCCACUGAUACUGAGGGAAAAAAAUCCUUAUAGAAAUAACGCCAAAUCUGGAGUACAAGUAGCACUGGUGUAGAUGUCAGGCUGCACAAUCAAUUGCAUUUUAGUUGCGAUUUUGGCCUUCUAGCAUCAAAGUAACAAGGGAUGCACAGUAUUAUUGGCACAAUAUCAGUAUCUGCAGGUUAAUUAUCAGUAUUGGCAGACAUGAAAAUAAAUGCAACUGUCUGCUUAAAUAUUGGCUGCAUUUACAAGAAAGUUUGUCACGUUUUGGGCUUGGUUAACAGGCGUACGCUAGAUGAAACCUUUCCUCUUUUUUUAUCCUCAUUCCAUGAACUUUAAAGUGCAUUUAAAAAGCAGAAGUUUAAGGUCUGAUCUGUGUUUAUAAAUUGGAUAAAUGUGUAAAUAUAUGUGUUUCGGAUGUCUGCAAAGUCCAGUAUCAUGCAUCCCCAAAAGACUCAUGAUCGAUGGUGGAUUUUUACAUGUUAAAUGCAUUCCAAAAGCUGUCAUGUUCAGCUUUGUUACUGUGUACCAUUUGAUAAAAUGAGGAUAAACACUGACCUUUUUGAUAUUCACAUUUACAUACAGUGUUUUUGAGUAUGGAUAAUGUGGAACAGCAGGCGAAUUUAGGGUAGAGGCUGCUGGGUCAUACUUGGCUAAUUGUUAGAGGCAGAUGUGAGGCAAAAAUUCUUGGUCAGAUUUUUUGUCCCAGUCCAGCUCUGUUGACAGAUGUGUAACAGGAAAUUGAAGCUGUCAGUUUUGGAGGGGGCUCUGUGACAAACAAAAUGCUUUACCUUUCAUUGUGCUUGACAGUUUCACUGAGUUUACCCCAGUUUACACUGUCGUUUCUGGGAAGUUUGUGUUUCUAACUUCUAGCUCUCUGUUUAAAGUGAUUAUAGUGAAGUACAGACCCACAGCCUGCAAGCUGUACCACCCACCUCCGUUGAUCAUUCAUUGUCUUUAAUUGAGGAUUCUGUUCAGACAAAGAGCUCCUAAAGGUUUAUUUACAAAACAGUACACCUCUGUUUUACUUAAAUGCAAGGUUGUGAUUGAAAGAGGGAGAAAAGAUGUUGAAAAGUGGCAGUAGCAGCCUGGUCUGUGCACUAUGUAUCGCAUGUUUGUGCAGCAAAGCAGCUGCUUGUUAUACAUGAUAAAGGGGUGUGCAACCACAUCAAGUCACAUACAACGUGUGAUGGUGGCAGCUACGCUAUGUUGAUUGCAGCAGUAUAUUAAUGAAAAAAAUCUUUUUUGGAAGUGCGACUUAUACCCCAGAUUUCACUUUAGUUUUUCUUUUCCAUCCUGACAGCUUCCUAAAUAAAAAUAAAUGAAUAAAUGCCAGGACUUUGCUUAAAAUGUUGAGUUUUUUAGGCACUAUUGUUGGAUUUCCUAAAAUUAGAUGCAUGGAGAAGCAUAUAAAAGCAUCCUCUUAUCAUACAUAUCCCUUAUGACCCACCAAGACUGUGAACAAAAUCAUUGUGAAACUACUAGAAAUAAUGUUUUAACAAUUGCUGCUUCCUCCUGUUGGACUGAUAGCUUUUUUUUUUUUUUUUUUUUUUUUUUUUAACCAUCGAGGCUUGUGUCCAUCAACGCUGUUUCUUUGCUCUGAUGUUUCCUUUUUAAUGUAAAAUCAGCGCAGUUUAGUAUUUUCAUUGCUCAGUGUCGUGAACACAAAACACCCCUGGUAUCAAAUGCUUUUUGUGGAUGCACUCAUAUCACUCCCAGUUUAAAAUAGUUCAGUUUUCAACUGUUCUCCCUCAUCAUCUAAUCAAAAUUAAGAAAGGGGCAGGGACCCACACCAACAAUGCCAGAGAAACUAACCUGACUCGUCUUUUCAAGGGUACCAUUUCAAGGCAUAGAGCUGCUGAUAGCGUCAGCAGGAUUAGAAAUUAAGUUUUAUAAUCGAGCAACAGUAAACACUGGUAAGAAGUGCACUAAAACUGAGGUUGCUAUCACUGCCAGUGCAUAUAAAGCAGUUGCUGGACACAUGCCUUCAUUGAGAAUGUAAAAACAACACUGCAUCUUUAGAGCAGUGAUACUUGUAUUGCUAUCGUGGUUUGAGGGUGUUUUGCGGUUAAAUUAAGAAGGCUGUCCUGGUAUUUUUAAGCCUUUUUUCUUUUUUCUUAUGUCAGUGUGGAAGAUCAACAGAUUUGUUGUUUAGCAUUUUUUGGUGGGUUUCCUCAUGAGAGUUUAGAAAAUACUUUAAGAUUAAUAAUAGGGCUGGAUGAUUAAUCCAAUUUUUAAAAUAUACACAAUAUGUCCUACAAUUUUUAAAUCGCUGAAGCUGCAAAAUAAUAUUUUGUUCGUAUAAUAUCUAAUGAUAUAUUGCUGUUAUGGUGGGGUGCAGUCAGAUUGAAUUCCCAAAUCGUUCAGCCCUACAUGUCUGGUGGAAAAAUGUAUGCAAACUUUUUGUUGUAUCAUGACUACUUUAAAACAGCAGUUUUCCACCCUGAAAUUUCCCUGCCAGCCCCCUUGCAUUCCCCUCUCCCCAGUUCUCCUUUAAGUGACAGGCAAACAGCUGUGAGGGCCACCUGGAGAAAAUAGUCAAUAGUCAAAUAGUCAAUAGUCAAUUGACAUGUUCUCAGUAGCUUAAAUAACCAGAAAAUUUUCAGGAUUGCAUUGCAUCUAUGAAAAGGGCUAUUCUUGCACAAAAAUCCCUGAAAAUUUCCAUAAAAUACCUGGGUGGGCUGCAUGUGUGAAUGCAUACAGCAUUUUUUUUCACCCUGAAAGUUCCUUGCCACCCUUUCUGUAUUUCCUCCUCCCUAGUCCUUGUUUAUCCAUCAGGCAAACUGCAGUGAGGGUCAACUGCGGGAAAAAAAAUUCAGGACAUUUUCUUUAAAGGCCACCCUAAUAUUCCCCUGCCAGCUCCCUUGCAUUUCCCCCUCCCCAGUCCAGCUUCAAAUGACAGGCAAACUGCUGUUAGAGUAAACUGUGUGGGGGGAAAAAGUCAGGAAAUGUUCUCAGUAGCCUAGAUACCCUGACAUGUCCAGGAAAUUUUCUAUGCUGUAUUGCAUCUAUGAAAAGGGCUAUUCUUGCUUAAAACAUCAUCCUGAAUUUCCAGCCCUCUUGUAUUCCUUCCUCCAUGAUCCACAUUUAUCUGACAGGCAAGCUGCUGAAAGGGCACUGCGGAGAAAAAAUUUAUAAGUUCUUUUGAUAGGCUACCUGGACAUUUCCAGGAAAUUGUCAGUGUUGCGUUGCAGGUGUGAAAAGAGCUAUUCUGACUCAGAACUCCUGAAAAAUCCCAGGUAUUGAACUGCAUAUGUGAAUGCAAAUAACUCUGAAAUUUCCCUGGAUUUCAACCCUGAAAAUACCUGGAUCAACAGAAUGCCACCUGAAAGGACAAUUAAGGGCAAAGUUGGGGUUAAAUGAUUUCCCUGUUUGUAUUCACACAUGCAGCUCACCCUGAUAGAUUUGAGACAUUUUCAGGAUUUGGUACAUGUGUGAAUAAGGGUUAUUUGCCGCUUCCUCCAUCCCUUCACUGACUGGGAAACUGCAGGAAGUUCUUUAAGGAGAGGUCAUGUGUGAAAAGGGCUUUUAGGUUGUGUCUUGUACAAAUCUCUGCAUCUGUUUAGUUUGGAUUUUCAGGUACAGCUGCUUUGUGCACACUUAUUCUCAAUGAUGAUUUAAAAAAUGUUAAUGAUGAACUUUAUAUGGGUCAUCAAAAUAUCCAGAUAUCGCAGUCAGCAAAUAGAAGUUCUUGUUUGAUAUGCUAAUAUUUACAUUUGAGGAGUUUCCCUCUUUGCAGGCAGCCCUUUAGGAAAAAUUUGCAAAACUGGGUUUACCGUAUAUUUGCCGGCAUGUCAACAAGUUCAUGGUGUCAACAGUCUCUUUUAAUAACCGUGUAAGCAUCCAUUUUUUCACUGUAAGGACCAAGACAACACUUAUUUUUGCAAAUUAGAUGAUCAAGCCUCACUUUGAAAGCAAACCGUGUACAUGCACAUAGCUUUGGGAAGCAACAGAAGAUUUUCCAGUUCUGUUAAUAUUUUUUUCCUUUUUCUGUGUUCUCCAACCAGUGAGUUUCCAAUAGAGUUGCUGCAGCUAAAGCUGAGCUGUGUUUGUCUUUUCAUUUUGUUCUUCUUUAACUGCAAGUUAGUGAGACAAUAUGAAUAGCAACUCCGCUCGAUCAGCAUUUAAUUUAGCAUCAUAAUUAUCAACCAGACAACUCUAAGAGGUAUUUAAUGCACUUCAAUUGUGUCAAAAGAUUAAUCUGAAUUCAUUGAUGGCUUAAUUAUCACAGAGCAAGAGCAGCCAGGAAAUGUCAAUAGAAACUGAAAAGAAAAAAAUAAGUGAGGGGGCGUUAAAACUAUAAAGAGUUGAUCAAUUGAAACAGAAGGGGACAAAGGCCAGUUUCAUAUUGCACUCCUCAACAGAUGUUGAUCCCCUGAUUUUGCUGAAUGAAAAGGGAAUUGAUAAUGCUGUUUGCAGGUCUAUCCAUACAGCAUGUGGACAUGUUUUUAAACGGCUUUUUAAAGAAAUAUGGCUUCAUGUGAACGUAGUCUUACUCUGUUUGUGUAUUGUGUUUUUAAAGGGGACUUCUUUCGACUUUAUUUCACAUACCUCUUCCUUCACCUUUCCAUUUGUUGAGGAUGCUCUGAAGCACGGCAUUAAUGUUUUCAAGAGUACAGUAUGUGUUGAAUUUGGCAUACAUGAUCUUGUGAUGACAGAAUGUACCACGUAUGUGUUUUUGGUUUUUUUUUAUUAUUUGAAUGGUUUCUGUGGACGCAGGCAGCUGCUGGAUCUUGUUUUUUGACCUCUGUGACGUCAUGUGAAUGGAAAAUUGUAUUACUGUAGCAAAAGCUGUCAAUUUUAUUGCAGUGUUUCAAAAAUAAUUUCAUUCCAGCUGUGGGAAAAUGAUUGACGGAUCACCUCCAAGAUACAAUUUGGAAAUAAAAAUGUUUAUUUUAUGAAGAAUUUCAUAGCUAAAUUUAAAAUGAUAUUAAAAUAUUGGUUACCCCUA